AGUAUAUUCCACGAUUUUUUUGAUUACCUUCUAAACUCGGAUGGGUCAAAGAUACGUUUGUGGUGGCAAAUAUAUUUUGCGUAAUUAGAAAAGAAUCAAAUUAGCGCGUGAGUGAGUGUUACUCGCUGUAUCAAAUUUGAGAGCCUAAUUGUAAUACGUGGCAUGAAUUAGUACCGCAUACACAUAAUCCCUACGUAAACCUAAUAUGAUUAUAAAAGACAGGAGCCGUAAAGGGUUCGGACACUACUACUUCACUUCUUAUUUCACUGAUUUGAAAACCCUAUUUUCUUUUGUUUACCCUCAAAAAUGUCUUCCUCCUCCUCUACGCCGUUGUCUGCUUUAGAGCCUCCGCUGAAGAAAGGAGAGCGAAGGAACUGGGCGGAGCUUCCUUCGGAGUUGACGUCUCUGAUCCUGGGCCGACUUGGUGCAGUUGAUAUACUUGAAAAUGCUCAGAAGGUGUGCACACCGUGGCGACGCAUCUGUAAGGACCCUUCGAUGUGGAAGAAGAUCGACUUGCGAGACCUGGGGAACCGCGAGAUGGAAGAUUUGGAUUUCGAUAUCUUGUGCCGUCACGCUGUUGAUCUCAGCCAGGGCGGCUUGCGUGAGAUCCACCUUGAGAGCUUCGCCACCGAUUCUCUCCUCAACUACAUCGCCGAUAGAUCAAGGGAUCUGAGAAGUCUUGGACUUCAAGUAUUCUAUACAGCUGUGACGAACAGAGGACUUGUGAACGCACUUGAAAAACUACCAUUGCUUGAAACCCUCGAGGUCUCACACACAUGUUUAAGAUUGAAUCUGCAAGCUAUAGGCGAGGCUUGCCCACAGCUACAUACAUUGAAGCUAAACUCCUCGGCGUCCUUUCACGUCAGAAUACGUGGGUUUGGUAUCAUCAAAGGUGAUGAUGAUUUCGCCUUAGCAAUCGCUGAAAGCAUGUCCGAGUUACGCCACCUCCAGCUUCUUGGGGACAGAUUAACUGAAGAUGGCUUGAAGGCCAUUCUUGACGGUUGUCCUUGCUUGAAACACCUUGACAUAAGAAAGUGUUUCCAUAUUGGCGAAGAUCUUGAGAAACAAUGCUUCGAGAGGAUGAAAGAGUUCAGACGCCCGAGCGACUUAAGUGAUGAUUAUCCAUAUAAUAUCAUUUUUCUCAGUUCUGAUUUUGAGUACUCGUCAUCUGAUGACGACUCAGAUGAUAACUAA